UCAGAGCUUUCGUUAACUACACGAACAGUAAACUGUUGAAAAUUUGUAAUGGCGAUUUGUUUUUUCUUUCAAAAAGUUUUACUCUUAUAUUUUCCUUAAUUGACGAUGGAAACAGAAACUCCGUUAUCUUAUUACAGAUUUAAAUCAAGACCAACAAAUAGACAAUUGUGGCCAAAAAAUAAAGAAGGCGAAAGCUUGUUUAAAGAUUGGAUUAAUCGUGUUAAUGUAACGUUAGAUCCAUGGGAUAAAAUCGAUUCUCCACAAUUUAUAGACUUUUUUAAUAUACCUGAACUCUCUGAUAGAUUUUUUGAAACAAAAGAAGAAGAAAAACCAUUGCAGCACAGUGCAAAUGCGCAGAGACUUCCUCGAACGAGUGAUUAUAACAAUCAAAAUGAACUAAUUAACUUACUAGACAAUUUUUCUUUGACGAAAGAAAAGAAACAACAAUUGGAUAAAAACAUUGAUAUCGAUAAAGAAAAUCGAGGGGAAAAGAAACAAGAUUUAACAAGACAAUGUAUUCAAGUGAAACAUAAAACAACGACAAGAGAAAACACAAAAAAUAUAACAGAGAAAGUGCAUACUGCCGUGAAGUCUUUUAAUUUUGAUUUACGAAAUAAAUGCAAACAACAACAAGAGACAUUUAAAGAAGAUAAAUUGCAUAUAUUUGGAGCGAAACCUGUACCUAAAUUUAUUAAAACAUUGGUACCAUCAAAGUCUAAUUAUACGAUUGGUGAAAAAUUUAAAGAAUCGAAUAAAAUAAAUUCCGAAAAAUCUAUUAAAAAAUGUCCGGAAAUUUGGAAAAAGCCGCCAUUCUUACCUAGUCUUACUAAGAGAAUUUUAAAAAUACCAGAAACUCCACUUCUUUUAACAGCAAUUAGAGCUAAAGAAAGAAAACGCUUCGAGGAAAAAUUAAAAGAAAAGGAAAAGGAAAUGAUUGCUACAACUGAGAAGAAAUUAGAAAAAGAAGAAAUUGCUUGUUUGAGAACCAAAAAUUUUCAUAAAGUUCAACCUAUUCGCAAGUAUAACUCAAAUCUGACGCGAAUCGAGAAACGUCCUCUUAUCGAACCACUAGAUCCAUUGAAUCACAAACGUCGACGACGCAUUUAACAAAUUUUUCAAAUAAAAUAAAAGAAAAGAAAAAUAACAAGCAUUUGCUUUGUUUUCUUUUUAACAUAUUUUCUCAUUGAAAUUUACAUUAAGUUUGAUAUAAUAUAUUUUUAUUGCUACUUUAAUGUUACUUUAAAAAAGGGCAAUUCUUUUUUUGUAAAAUUUGUAUAAAUACCGUUUGUAUACAUAUAUUUAAAAAAAAAUUCAUAAACGAAUAUAUUUUUGGCUCAUUAAAAUAGUUCAGUAUAAAUUUUUCCAUUAUAGAGACAUAAACAUCAAUUGUUGAGAAUUAACAAAUAUGAUGAUUUGAAUGAUAAAAAUUGUAAUCGUAACAAUAUAAUAUUUAUCAUACUUUACCAACAAUUACUUUCGUACUAUAUAUAUUUCUUAAUUAUUAUUAUUAUUACUUACCAACUUAAAGUGGUGAACAAAAUUUUGCUUUUGUAUUUAUUUCUAGAUUUCA